GAUGCUGUGAGUUGAUGAGCAGUACACCAGCAGCUGCACUCCUUCACUGAGCAGAUACUGAGCCUGAGCUAUUAUUGUCCUCGCUGGACUCCCGUAGGCUCUGCUUCAGCGAGUUCACAAGAAUGCAGCCUGGAAACAUUCUCACCGCAUGCGUUCAGAAAUGACCCCUGCUAGCGGACAGGAAGUGCGUCAUGGUCUGGAUGCUUUCUUUAUGUAACGGCGGCUCGCUCCCGUCACGAUCAGACGCUGACCUCCGCUCGCAGGAGUCCGGAGGGGACGCGCUCACCUCUCUAUGCCCACAUCACACCGUCUUCAGUCUGCAUGUCUUUGUCCGGCGCUGUCCAGCUCGGCCUGGAGGUCACCUGACAGUCUAAUGUUGUUUAGUGAAUUUAGUUCAUUGCUAUUCUUAGCAGCGCUCUGUGCUGAGGACAAGCGAGCCGCGGGCUGGCGAGAAUGGGAAAGCAGAAGGGCACAAACGCUCUGAUGUCCAGCUGGUCGUCACCGGAGCUGGAGCCCUGUCAGAUCCGUCUCAUCGUCUACCAGGACUGCGAGCGGCGCGGCAGGAACGUCCUCUUCGACUCGGACGCCAGAAAGAGGAGCACAGAAGAUGCCCCGGUCACGAGGGUGUGUGGAGAGGCACAGGCGAAGAUGUUUGGGAAGUGUUGUCAGCUGAGGCCUGCGGGAGGCAGCUCCAGUUCUCUGGACAGCAGCUCGUCCUGCGCCUCUGAGCCCAAAGAACAAAACCGCUUCCAGGGCUCCUCUCGGUGCUCAUCAGACGCUAACAUGCUCGGAGAAAUGAUGUUCGGCUCGGUGGCCAUGAGCUACAAAGGCUCGACGCUGAAGAUCCACCAGAUGAGAUCUCCUCCGCAGCUGAUGCUCAGUAAAGUGUUUACAGCGAGGACGGGCGGCAGUGUCUACGGCAGCCUGAACACACUGCAGGACAGUUUAGAGUUCAUCAAUCAGGACUCCGGCGCGCCGCGGCCCGAGCAGAACAGCGCCGCCAGCAGCUUCCUGGGCAGCAUAGGUUUCUCUCAGCUCUGCAGCCCACGCCGUGCGCUCUCAGAGCAAGGCCCUCUCCGUCUCAUCAAGAGUGCCUCUUUCUUUUCAGGACACAGUAACCCCAUGGACAUGCCGGGCCGAGGACUGCAUGAUGAGAGAGACAGCGGCAUCGCACGCUCCGCAUCUUUAAGCAGCCUGUUGAUCACCCCGUUUCCGUCACCGGGCUCCUCUCUCACCAGCAGCUGUGCAAGUAGCUACCAGCGGCGCUGGUUGCGCAGCCAAACCACCAGCCUGGAGAACGGCGUCUUCCCUCGAUGGUCUGUGGAGGAGAGCUUCAACAUGUCUGAUGAGAACAGCGGGCCGACUCUGGGUGUCGCCAGGAAGAAGAAGAUCGCUAUCGGUGUCAUCUUCCUGCUCUCGCCCAACGAGGAAGAGAACGCCAAGUUCCAGGACUUUUUCUUCUCUCACUUUCCUCUCUUUGAGAGUCACAUGAACAAACUCAAAAGUGCCAUUGAGCAGGCUAUGAUACUGAGCCGCAGGUCAGCUGAUGCCAGCCAGAGAGCUUUGGCUUACAGUCGCAUGGUGGACGGCCUCAAUGAGUUCAGGACGACCAUCUGCAACCUGUACACCAUGCCACGUGUGUCUGAGCCCGUCUGGCUCACCAUGAUGUCCGGUCCACCUGAAAAGAACCAGCUUUGCGGCCAGUUCAUGAGGGAGCUGGCCCUGCUCAUGGAGCAAGCCUCUAAGAACCAAUUCCUCCCUGCACUUCUCACUGCGGUUCUCACUAACCAUCUCGCCUGGGUUCCCACGGUCAUGCCCAACGGCCAACCACCCUUAAAGAUCUUCCUGGAGAAGCACUCCUCACAGAGCGUAGACAUGCUGGCGAAAACACAUCCCUACAACCCACUUUGGGCACAGCUUGGUGACCUGUACGGGGCGAUCGGCUCACCUGUGCGUCUGUCCCGUACUGUGGUGGUUGGCAAACGACAGGAGCUGGUGCAGCGUCUUCUGUAUGUGCUGACCUACUUCAUCCGCUGCUCGGAGCUACUGGAAACACACCUGCUGGAGAGCGCCGAGGACGUGGCCAUCGUGAUGCCCGGCUCGCUCAUCACCACGUCGCUGCGCCCCGGAGAGGUGGAGGAGUCCGACUACGUGUUGGUCACCGUGCACAAGCCGAGCCAAGACUACCUGUCCCAGGGUGCCGAGGGAGAGGACGGCUACCCGUCUGAUGACAACAGCUUACAGAGCAGCACAUACAUGGACACAGAAGCCCCAGACGAGGACAAGCGUCUGCAUCCGGUGGACCAUUUCAGUGAUGUGCCUGUCUGCAGAGAAGCAGGGAGCCCUCGGCUCGAGACUCGACUGGAAACCGUGGUAAAAGUCAGCUCCAACUCGCCAUGCGAGAGAAGACCCUCGCUCGAGAUUCAAGGGGAUGUGCGACCCGAGGUGGAGUCUGGUGGCAUGCCCAUCAGGAUCUUCCAUUCAUCAGAUAUCCUCCUAGAAAAGAGCUUUGAUAACGAACCCUCCUCUAAAGUCACAUUCCUCAUCGGAGACUCAAUGUCUCCUGAAUCUGACAUGGAGAGUCGACAGCAAAAGGUGGAGGACGAGGUCAAGAAACACAAGAAGCUUCUCAAAGACAACCAGCACAAGCAGUGUAACGCCGAGGCUAAACUCCAAGUGGACCAAAUCAAGACCAACGACAGCAAGACUAGAACUAGAAAGACGUCUCAGAGGUGUCCGAAAGUGCAAGGCGACUGCAUGGACAUGUUUGACGAGUAUUUCAGCGAUGACAAUCCCGUGGAGACCAGGACUAUUGAUGAUGUCUAUCAAACUGAGAUGAAAGGCACAGGAAGCAGUGCUCCACGGUUAGACAAAGACGGCUGUGAGUGCGAGGCAGGAGACGUCAGCGCGGGAUGCUGUAAAACCUGCUGUUCUGCCGAGCAGGACAAGGGCAUCGAGAUGUCACUGAGUGUCCCUUCACAAGGCACCGUUGGGGAGAAGAAGACAGCAGUCCUGCUGAACGACUGGGAGAUCCCACGCAACGAGAGCUCGGACAGCGCGCUGGGGGACAGCGAGAGCGAGGACGCCGGACACGAGCUGCCCAGGCAAGAGCACGAUGGACCGUUUUAUACAGAAGAGCAGUCUGACUGGCAGGAUGAGCUCGAGGUGCCUUUACCCGGGGCGAAGCUGGUGGAGAACUACUCUAAACCAAGCAUUGCCAACUUUGGGAGGUCGCUCUUUGGAGGAUACUGUCCUGCGUACGUCCCAGACUUUGUUCUGCAUGGAGCCCCCAAUGAUGAGAAACUGAGGCAGAACCUGGUGUCGGAUCUGGCCCAUGCUGUGCAGCAUCCUGUGCUGGAUGAGCCGAUCGCGGAGGCCGUCUGCAUUAUCGCAGACACUGAUAAGUGGAGCGUGCAGGUGGCCAGCAGCCAGAGACGACCCUCCGACAAAUUGGGCAAAGAGGUGCUCGUGUCCAACCUCGUGUCCAACCUGCUCCAGUCCACCUACCAGCUCUACCGACUCAACCUGUCGCCAAACUUCUGCAUCAUGCAUCUGGAGGACCGGCUGCAGGAACUCUACUUCAAGAGCAAAAUGCUGGCCGAGUACUUAAAAGGACAGACCAGGGUGCAUGUGAAGGAGCUGGGCAUGGUGCUAGGGAUCGAGUCUAACGAUCUGCCCCUGCUAGCAGCCAUAGCGAGCACACACUCACCGUACGUGGCUCAGAUUCUCCUGUAGUCCACAUGGAGAGCGAGAGAGACUCCAUCCCUCCAGGUCCGGUCUGGCCGCGCAGGGGCCCCUCGAGGGCCCUGAGACCCCUGGAGCAGGGAGACCGUGAAGAUGAACGGUCUCAGGGUGAGCAGACUGCAGGACAGACGCUCUGCCGUUAGAUGACGGUCGAAACCCAGAGGUCCCCUGAAAGUGACCUGGGAAUAUCACUUUUCAACAGUGGACACACGGAGUGCAUUUUUUAAUUCCAUAAACCGUGUUUUGUUUUAUUUCUUGUUCCUUUACACAACGUAAGAAUGUAAAAGCCAAAGAAGAAAUACAAGCAGCCCCUGCGUACAAAUACUGAAGCUGUUCAUGACCCCUUCUUCCAGUAAAGACCGAGUUAUAAAAUCAGUUUUAUGAUUUUAAAUGAAUAUAUCUCGGACUGUUCUCAAUCGAUUGUGUCAGCGAGUGAUCAUGUAAUAUUCCUGUAUUUGUGUUUACAAGCGAACUUACCCAAAUGAGCUCUACCUCAAACCUUCAGUGUCACACACUCACACACACACAUCUAACAUGUGAAAUUAAACAUUUGAGGUAAAGUUUCAUUUUUGGUUUUCAGUCACCCAGUAAAGAUGAAACCAUGGCACAAUUUCUCACGAAAGAGCUCUGAGGAUUCAGUUUUUAUAUAUUUUUUUUUUUUUGGGCAGCGUCACUUUAGCCGCCACAGAAGUGUUUACCUGUCCUUCUGGAAAUGAUUAAGAGAUGCAUUUUUAUUUGAAUAGUCAUUUAGACGCAACAUUCUGUGUGAUGUGAUUUUUAAAAAAGGGAAUAAUUUGGUCAAGAGAAACACGAUGCUCACCAAUCAAUCACUAUAUUGGGAUUUGUGCUGGACCCUUUUUUAACACUGAUCCAGGGACAUUCAACAAUCAUCUUGUAUUUUCAGGAUUGAAAUGCUGACAUUUUUUCAUGUGUCGUCUUAGCUUGCAGACAGAUUGUUUACUGAUGGAAUAACAGAGAAAUGAGUCAAUCAGUUAAUGACUUACAAAGAUGUUUAUGAAUGGUUGGCUUGCUUUGUCUUUGGGUCAAACCACACAUCUAAGUCUUAAUCGACAAAAAGAAAAAAAAAACAAUCCACAGGCUUUGCAAGGUGUUGCAGGUUAUUUUAAUUGGUUAAAACAUGGAGGUGUUGCUUCGGUGGGAAACUUUUUGUAUUAAAAAAAAAAAAAAUCUGUAUCUAUUUGCCUCCAGAAUGUAUAUUUAUAUCUAAUUAUUUCUUUAUACAGAAAAACAUUUAAUUUAUUUACUUGGCAUGCAUUGGUAAAUGUUAGCUGUAUAUACUGCAUAGAUUUUCUUGGUGUAUUUGUACAUAAAGCCUCUCUUUGUUUCCCAGUUUUUAUGGGAAUAUUGUGCAAUAAAUAUGCCAACAUCACAAUUA